GUCUUCUUCCUAUAAAUACCUCCUCUCCCUCCCACCGAAAUCACCAUUAACACAACUCCAUACUUCAUUCGUUAACCGAAGCCUUUUUCUCCAAGAUAUCAACCAUGUCGGACACCUGCGGCAACUGCGACUGCGCUGACAAGACCCAGUGCGUGAAGAAGGGAAGCAGCUACACUGCUGACAUCAUUGAGACUGAGAAGAGCAUCAUGACAGUGGUGAUGGAUGCUCCGGCAGCCGAGAACGACGGCAAGUGCAAGUGCGGACCAAGUUGCAGCUGCACCAAUUGCACCUGCGGUCACUGAAGCCAAUCUGAUAAUUAAAGUACUAAAUUAAUGGUGAAUAAUUUGUGUUGCAUGCUGUGGGUGUCUGAGUGUGAAUGUUUGUUGUGUAAACUGAUCGGACAUUGAUUAUAUCGUAUGUGUCUGUCUGUGUACUUUGAUUUCAGAGUCAUGUAAUAUUUGGCCAUGUGGUUGAUGAUCAAUUAAAUGCAGUACUAUUAGAAUAAACACCUCUUCUAAUGAUUA